AUGGAACAAGUUGUAGAACAGGCAAAAGAACUUAUUGUAAAAAAGGUUAAAUUUCUAAAAGAUAUUCAGUCUUUAUUAAAAACUCUCAAAGAAACUACAAAAACAGUUAGCAAUAUAAAAUCUAAAUGCCCUUAUAACCAAUUUUUACUUGAUGGCUUUGCUGGCUUAAGACAAGAUGCAGUUAGAAAACAAAAUAAAAAUAUGGCUUUUUGUUAUAAAAAAGCUAUUAAAGCAUUGCAGCGCUACCCUCUUCCAAUUUUACACCCAAAUCAGUGCUUGCAGCUCCAAGGAAUUGGAAACUCCUUACUUAAAUCAGUCUACACCAUUUUCAAGUCAAACCACAAAUAUUUCAAGUAUCUCAAAGAAAAAGAAGAAAAAAAGAAGCCAACAAAAGAGCCAGAAAAAAUCCCAGAAAAGCCUGACAUCGACACUUUUGGAAGAAUUUUAUCUAUUUUAGAUCAAACAAUCUUACUAAAAGACUUAGAAAAUAUCCAAUAUGAAAUAGUUUUACUUGUAGAUAACCGAGAAAAUAGGGUCGUAUCUUUUUUGCCAUUUCUAGACCAAUUUGGAAUUAAGCAUGAGGAACGAAAGCUUGGCUUAGGCGACUUUUUGUGGAUUGUGAAGCUUAUUUACCGAGAUAAAUCAAAAAAAGUUCAUAUAGAAGAAUAUGUUUUGGAUUACAUAAUAGAAAGAAAAACAGCUACUGAUUUAACAAGCAGCCAAAUUUCUAAUCACCUCCGAGACCAAAUAAGAAGAAUGAAAGCAGAAUCCUUUUUAAAUAUAUUUUUACUAAUAGAAGGAAAAGCUGAUCGUGAAAUAAUCCUAGAAUCUUCUUUGCAACACAAUAUAAAAGUAUUACAAACUUCAACGCAAGAAGAAACUGCAGAAAUGAUGGCUUUUUUUACUAGAGAAAUCUCAUUAAAUGCCUCACAGCUAUCAGUAGAAAAUAUCAGGGGGAAAAAAGCUUUCGAAAGAUUUAAUGGAAAGCAUAUAAAUUCUAAGCCUUAUGUUUCUGAUAUAUUUCAAACUCAAAUGGCUGAUUUCCCAGGGAUGAAUGUGAAGAAGGUCACUCUUUUGCUUUCGCUUUAUCCUACUUUUGCAGCCUUUCUAGAUGGACUUAAAAAUAAAAGAUGAAUUACAGAGCAAAACCUAAAAUGGGCGGGGAUUGGAGCUAAAGUUAUUAAUGAUUUAUUAUCAUUUUUGGGGAUUGAAUAA